GUUGACGUUCCUCACUGUCCAACACAGACAUGAUCCUUGGUUAAUGGCGAUUUCCGAAUCCACCCCUGACUCAACUCCAAGAAUCAAAGCUGGAGAUGAAUGGCAAAAGCUUCUUCUAUCCGCCAAUUCGUCACAUACAGAUCUAACCCCACCUCCCCCGUUCUCGGCCUCCUCAAAAGUUUCAAACUCCUCGACCAAUCGAAUUCCAUCGAACACCUCUUCCAAGUCCACGCGAGGCUCAUCACCUCCGGAAACUUCUGGGCCUCCUCUUGGGCCAUCAGAUUGUUGAAGUCUUCUUCGCGUUUCGGUGACGCUAACUACACCGUUUCAGUGUUUCGCAGCAUCGGGAAGGUCUACAACGCGAAUACCGUGUUUAAGACGUUUUGGGUCUCUUCUAUUUCGCAUAAAGCUUUGAGCUUUUACUUUGAUGUAGUGAGAUGUGGGUUUGUUCCUGACUCAUACACGUUUGUGUCCUUGUUUGGUUGUGUUCGGAAGAUUGAUUCUGGUAAAAUGUGUCACGGGCAGGCUAUUAAGCAUGGAUGUGAUCAAGUUUUGGCUGUUGGGAACUCGUUAGUGAAUAUGUAUACUUGUUGUGGUGACUUAGAUCUUGCGAAGAAGGUGUUUGUGGAAAUGCCUAAGAGAGAUAUUGUGUCGUGGAACUCGUUGAUAGGUGGGCUGGUGAGACGUGGUGAUGUGUGGUCUGCUCGCAAGGUGUUCGAUGAAAUGCCUGAGAGAAAUGUGGUUUCUUGGAAUAUUAUGAUUGAUGGUUAUUUGGGUGGUAAUAAUCCCGGAGUUUCGAUUGGUUUGUUCCGUGAGAUGGUUGGAGGAGGGUUUCGAGGGAAUGAGAGUAGUUUGGUUUUGUUGCUUAAAGCUUGUGGGAGAUCAGCUAGGCUUAAGGAAGGUAGGUCGGUUCAUGGUUCUUUGAUAAGAAUGUUGGUGAAUUCGAAUGUGGUUGUUGAUACAGCUCUUGUUGAUAUGUAUGGAAAGUGCAAGGAAGUGGAGUUAGCACGUAGGAUAUUUGAUAGUGUAUCACGUAGGAACAGAGUUAUGUGGAAUGUGAUGAUAUUGGCACAUUGUCUUCACGGGAUUCCUGAAGAUGGGUUUGAAUUAUUUGAAGCCAUGAUCAAUGGCGACCUUAUUCCCGAUGAAGUAACGUUUGUUGGUGUUCUUUGCGGUUGUGCUAGAUCUGGCCUUCUUUCACAAGGAAAAGGCUAUUACGCCCUGAUGGUUGAAGAGUUUCAGAUCAAACCCAACUUUGGACAUUUAUGGUGCAUGUCUAAUCUUUACUCCAGCGCUGGCUUCUCGGAAGAAGCAGAGGAGAUUCUAAGGAACUUGCCAGAAGAAGAUGUGACUCCAGAAUCUACAAAAUGGGCUUACAUGCUCAGCUCUACACGUUUCACAGGAAACCCUGCCCUAGGGGAGAGCAUUGCCAAGUCUCUGAUAGAAAAAGAUCCUAUGAACUACAAGUAUUAUCAUUUGCUGAUGAAUGUUUACAGUGUUGCGGGGCGGUGGGAGGAUGUUGAUAGUGUGAGAGAAAUAGUGAAGGAGAGAAAAAUAGGAAGAGUACCCGGGUGUGGCCUUGUGGACUUGAAAGAGAUAGUCCAUGACCUGAGACUAGGAUCCGAAGAGGUGGACAAGGUGAUUAGUGAGAGUAGUGUAGACGAAAAUGUUACAGUGAUUUACUGACAUAAUAAGCUAAUCCCCAAGUCCAAGCAUACGGUUACUCCUUUGCCACCAGAUCCAUGCUAUGAAGUCAUAAUUGGAGGCUGUCAGGGAUGCGCAUGAAUUGGUGUUUUUUGCAGACAAGAGUAGAAUAGAAACAAGAGAAAUAAUGGUGUCUUAAUUAUAUUUGAUCCUGUUUUAUUUUUUGUUCCUUUUUGGGGGUCAGAUAAUCCCAUUUCUCAAAAGCUCUUUAUAACACAGAGUCACAGAUCAUUGUAUGGGAUGGUCACGAGCAAAAAGAGUGAUGUGAAUUUACAUGAGAAAUUGAAGUUUUAC